ACGCCCACUUGCUCCCACAGCUCGCUUUCGACUUCAACACAAGUCUCCCCUCUCAAUUUUACACGCACAACACACACUCACCCUCCCCCGAAAUCUCUAUGCAUAGCUCCGCCGGUUUAUGAUUACGCGAGAUGUUGAAUUCCAAGCAGAAAAGGCCGCAGCACCACCACCUCCAACACCGCCCUCGCCUUGAUCGCCGGAACGCCAUUAAGAACAUCGACUACUACGCCGGAGACGAUGGCUUCUCUUCUCCUUCUUCCUCUUCCAACUCCUUCUCCGCUGAACUCUCCGUGCACAAGACGCGCUCGCUCGAUCUGCUGCCGCUCUCAGAUCGUACCAGCUUUCGGAUGGAGGGAAUUGAGGGGGAGGCCGAUCAGAUUUUCCGCUACCUCGGUCUCAACGCUGAGGAUUUGUCGAUUCCGGUGUCCGCGUGGGAGGCGAGGAAGAAUUUGUCCCCUAAGAGGGAGGUUAGGACUGGCGAUCGAGGUGAAUCGAGCGAUGGUUUUGGUGCUAGGGUUAGGGUUGGUCAUGGUGAACUGGAAGAUGCUGUCGGUGCUGCUGAGGUUAGUGAAUAUGAAGUCAAAAGUGAGCAGAUUGGUGGCGGUGGAUGGGGACUUAGGCCGUCGAAGUCAGCGCCUUCAGCUGCAAUAAUCAGAAAGGCAGUUGAGGAAAAUGUUGCAGCUAGCGUGAAGUAUGGUAAUUGUGAAGCGGGGGAUGGAGCUGAGCUAGUUUUUUAUUAUGAUGAAGUUAAGGCAGAUGAAACGAGUGAAAACCAAAUAAGUUUAGGGAUUAGAGGUUGUAGGCCACCAACUCUGGCUCCUCCUCCAGCGGUGAUGCGAUCGGUUGUGGAUCAUACGAGCUCCACUUGGGAAAUAUUUAGAGGCUUUGGCCCUCAAGAUAAUCGGCCGGAAUCACCGGGAGAUGCCAGUAGCCAUCCGAUUCAUAGAAUUGAAGAAAGUGAGGAAGUUGGAAGGAGAGAUAUCAACGUUAGGGAAGAAAUGAGUGAGGAUGCUGGGGUAGAGGAUAGGGGAAUUGGCUUGGAGUCAUGUUCGGAUUCUUCAAAUGAUGAAAGAGGUGACAGUUCCAUCGGAUUGGUUGGGGAUAAUAGUCACACUAUCUCGCCAAGUGGUUCACUCAGGUCUAAUAUCACGUCCUGGCAAAAGGGUGAUUUCCUUGGCAGUGGAUCAUUUGGGACUGUGUAUGAGGGGUUCACCGAUGAUGGGCUCUUUUUUGCUGUGAAGGAGGUAUCUUUACUGGAUCAAGGAAGCCAUGGUCAGCAAAGCAUUUUCCAGCUUGAACAGGAGAUAUCUCUUCUGAAGCAGUUUCAACACGAGAAUAUUGUUCGCUACUUGGGCACUGACAAAGAUAAUGAAAAACUAUAUAUUUUCCUUGAGCUUGUAACAAAGGGCUCCCUUGCAAAACUGUACGAAAAAUAUCAGCUUCGGGACUCCCAAGUCUCUUCAUACACAAGACAAAUUCUAAGUGGGCUGAAUUAUCUUCACAGCCGUGAUGUCGUUCACAGGGAUAUCAAAUGUGCCAAUAUAUUGGUAGAUGUUAGUGGUUCAGUGAAACUGGCAGAUUUUGGAUUGGCAAAGGCAACAAAACUAAAUGAUAUAAAAUCUUGCAAAGGAACACCCUAUUGGAUGGCCCCAGAGGUUGUGAACCGAAAGAACCAUGGAUAUGGGCGUGCUGCUGAUAUAUGGAGCCUUGGCUGCACUGUGUUGGAAAUGUUAACUGGUCAAAUUCCUUACUCUCACUUGGAAGGGAUGCAAGCACUGUUCAGGAUUGGCAGGGGUGAACUUCCUCCGAUUCCUAACACCUUAUCAAGAGAUGCGCAAGAUUUUAUCCUCAAAUGCCUUCAAGUUAACCCAGAUAAUCGCUCAACUGCUGCUCAACUUCUAGAACAUCCAUUUGUAAAGAAGUCAUCUUCAUCGUUCACAAGCCCUGCAUCUCCACAUUAUUCCAUUAGGUCGUAGUAACCAAUGAAGAUUCAACAUGGCAAAGAUAAUGAGGAGGAAUGUUCGUGCUUCUAAUCUGAAGGUUUCAGUGGAGAGCCAUACUGAAUACUCAAAUUCACAAUAACACACUCAUCUGACCCACACUGAACGACGAGGUCAAUGUGCUUGGAUUGGUUAUCACGAGCACUUUGGUAUCAUUUGCUGAUUAUUCUCAAGAUUAAGAUAUCAUUGGGGUGUAGUAGGCAAUUUAGAUUUGAGAUCAUGGUGAAUUUAAAAUCUGAUGGGUCAAAUUACAGUGAAGACCUUCUAUAGCUCCUGCUAGUACACCCAAAAAGGAAAAAAGAAAAGAGAUUGUUUAUUGUGCCAUUCAUUCUGAUCAUUUCAUGUUCUUGUGUUUGUUUGUUCAUUUAUCGGCUUGUUGUAUUAAGGUACAGUGGCUUGCUUAGAAAGUUAUCCUGUAGAAGACAUUUAACAAGUGUAAAUAAUGUGUGCCUUUGUAAAUAAUUCAUCCAAGUAUGAAUGUUUCAUACUUUGCUGGCCUCAUUUUGAGAUGCUAAUAUUGAAUGUUUGAAU